AUGGCUACGGUGGACGCUAUCCUGGCCGCCAAAUAUCCGGCGAAAGCUCAUGCACGCCGUGUGGCCGAACGUCUCCAACCCCAUCAAGAUGGACGCCCUGGAAUCAUCUAUCUGGAGGCGCAAAAAACUCGAUUGAUUGAAGACAAUGACGAGCCAGUGCCAUUUAGGCAACGUCGUCCAUUCUUCUACCUAUCAGGGUGCUUGUUACCCGAUUCAUCUCUGGUUUAUGACAUUACUGAGGACAAAUUGACUCUCUUCAUCCCUCCAGUUGAUCCUGAGGAUGUCAUUUGGUCUGGCCUUCCGCUAUCCACAGAUGAGGCUUUGCAGCAGUACGACGUCGACCGUGUGUCAAUCACAACAGAAGUCAAUAGCACACUUGCCUCUAUCGCGUCUGCGCACGGUGGCCGAGCAGUUGCCUAUAACAUUGCUGAUCAAGUAUCCCCAGAGACGAAGUUUGAUGGCUUCUCUGAGAUUAACAAAUCUGUGCUGAAGGGUGCCAUUGAGCAAUCCCGCGUGGUCAAGGAUGAGUAUGAAAUCGCACUCAUACGCAAAGCGAAUGACAUCUCUACCAAGGCUCACGUUGCAGCGAUCAAGGCCUCGAUAAUUGCUGAAAAUGAGCGUGAAAUUGAAGGCGCUUUCAUUGCAACUUGCAUCGCCAACGGUGCCCGGGAGCAGGCCUAUCACCCUAUUGUAGCUUGCGGUGAGAAUGGGGCUACUCUGCACUACGGCAGAAACAGCGAUGCCCUCAUCGACCCUGUCACCAAAAAGAAGAAAAGAAAUGUGCUCAUUGACGCGGGUGGGGAGUACCGUACCUACUGUUCGGACAUUACCCGUGUCUUUCCUCUAGGUGGAGGAUUCACCACGGAAACACGACAGAUCUACGAAAUAGUGUUGCAGAUGCAAGUAGAAUGUAUUGAAAUGCUACGGGACGGGGUUCAGUGGGAAGAAGUGCAUGCGCACGCCCACCACGUCGCGAUCCGUGGUUUGCUCGAGCUAGGGAUCUUACGCGGUUCAGAGGACGAGAUCUUUGAGAAAAGGGUUAGCGUCGCUUUCUUUCCUCAUGGUCUUGGUCAUUAUCUGGGAAUGGACACUCAUGAUACUGGUGGUAACCCGAAUUACGCGGAUAAGGACACUAUGUUCAGGUAUCUUCGUGUCAGGGGGCGUUUGCCUGCGGGAUCGGUGAUCACGGUGGAGCCAGGUAUCUAUUUCUGCCGAUUCAUUAUUGAACCUUACCUCAAAUCUUCCGAAUCAAGCAAAUACAUCGAUACUGAUGUCCUUGAGCGGUAUUGGAGUGUCGGCGGAGUUCGCAUCGAAGAUAAUGUCCUUGUGACUAAGGACGGAUAUGACAACCUGACGACUACGCCCAAAACCGUGGAGGAGAUAGAAAGUUUGGCUGCCUAA